UCUCCCUCCCUCAGCACUCAGCAGACGGACGCCUCCAUGGAGGGCUCGUGCAGCAGUCCUCCGCCUUACUACUUCCAAAACCACAUUUCGACAUGACUUAAGAAACGAAACCCGGCACCUCCAGCAGCCAGACGCUCACCGAACAGCCCGCAGCAUCCCAGCGGUACCAAUUUACAACUUUUUUUUCUUUUUUUAACACCCUCCUGAUCCUGUCAAACCCCUCCCCUGUACUUUUUACACCCGCUCCGGGGAGAUAAGUCAAUUCCCAGGGAAAUUUAAGGUUUUUUGUUUUUGUUUACUUCGGGGAUCUGCAUGGAUGUGGCAGCCGUAGAGGGGAUGUCUCUGCCGGGUAUCCGACUCCGGAAUCGGCCGACGCAAGUGAUGCCGAACCAGAGGAAGGUCAAAGCGAGACGGAAAAGACGAAAGGAGUUGGUUUUAAUCCAGAUAUGCUUGUUCGGCGGUUUGCUGCUGGUCGUCAAGGGGUUUUCCUACUUAGCGGAAAAUUCAGGUUUCGAUGUCUCCAGCCACAGCAGCAGUGAUCAGGAGAGAUGGGGCGGGAGGAGGCUGCUGCAGGAAAUGGACAACAGCAGCCUGGAGGAAACGGAGAGUGAGGGAUCUAAGAACUGCACUGCUCCAGCUCUGCACGAAUUCCCUACAGACCUGUUCACAAACAAAGAGAGAGCAGAAGGAGCUGUGGCCCUGCAUGUCCUAUGUACUAUUUACAUGUUCUGUGCUCUGGCCCUCGUCUGUGAUGACUACUUCGUCCCCUCCCUGGAGAAGUUGUGUGAGCGUCUCCAUCUCAGUGAGGACGUAGCAGGUGCCACCUUCAUGGCCGCUGGCAGCUCAGCUCCCGAACUCUUCACAUCCAUCAUAGGCGUGUUCAUCACCAAAGGUGACGUUGGUGUCGGGACCAUCGUGGGUUCAGCUGUCUUCAACAUCCUCUGCAUCAUCGGUGUGUGUGGCUUCUUCGCUGGCCAGGCAGUGAAGCUAUCUUACUGGGCUCUACUCCGAGAUUCAAUUUAUUACAUCUUUUCCAUCACCGCCCUCAUCGUGUUCAUCUACGAUGAGAAGGUGUGCUGGUGGGAGUCUCUUGUUCUGAUUCUCAUGUAUGCAGUUUACAUCCUCAUCAUGAAGUUUAACAACAGGGCACAUCGCUACUUUGACCGUCGAAAGAAGACCUCUGUGAAUCUGUCCAACGGUCUGACAGGAAGCACUGAUCUGGAGGACAACGUCACGUGUGAUGCCACUGCAGUCCUGCUCAAGAAAGCUAACUUCCACUGUAAGCCGUCUGUGCUGAUGGUGGAUGAGCUGCUGUCUGCGUACCCCCACCAGCUGUCUUUCUCCGAGGCCGGCAUGAGGAUCAUGAUCACCAGUCACUUCUCCCCCAGAACCCGCCUUACCAUGGCUUCUCGGAUGCUCAUCAAUGAGAGGCAAAGACUGAUCAACACAACUGAGACUCGAGUCAACCGCAUCACUAACGGCGACUCUGACUCCGCCGCCAGGGCUCAGGGGAGGCGGGGCUUAGAGAACGGGAUGGGUGGAGCUGAGCAGGGUCUGAAUGGGAGGUGCAGACUUCAGCGACUGGAGUCUGGGAACGAGACAGAGAACGAAAAUGAAGAUAAUGAGAACAAUGAGAACGAUGAGGAAGGAGAGGGAGAAGAUGACAAUAAUGGCCCUCUGGUGCCGUUCAAAAUUCCAGCUGGGGUGUGUAACAAGCUGAAGUGGCUUUUGAUGUGGCCUCUGUCACUGCUUCUGUUCUUCACCGUGCCCAACUGUGCCAAGCGGCGCUGGGAGAGAUGGUUCAUGGUCUCCUUCUUCACCGCCACCAUCUGGAUCGCUGGCCUCUCCUACAUCAUGGUCUGGAUGGUGACUGUGAUCGGCUUCACUUUGGGCAUUCCUGACGUUAUCAUGGGCAUCACCUUCCUCGCAGCAGGCACCAGUGUCCCGGACUGCAUGGCGAGUGUUAUAGUCGCACGGCAAGGUCUGGGAGACAUGGCCAUCUCCAACUCCAUAGGCAGUAAUGUGUUUGACAUCCUGGUAGGCCUGGGCCUGCCCUGGGCGCUGCAAACACUCUGCAUCGACUACGGCUCCAUCAUCCAUCUCAACAGCAGAGGACUCAUAUUCUCUGUUGGACUCCUUCUAGCUUCAGUAUUCGUCACAGUUCUCGGUGUCCAUUUAAACAAAUGGACUCUGGACUGGCGGCUUGGCUUGGCCUGCCUCAUCAUGUAUGCCAUCUUUCUAUGCUUCUCCGUCCUUAUCGAGUUCAACGUCUUCAUCUUCGUCAACCUCCCCAUGUGCUCAGACAUCCACUGACCUCCCCCCUCUUCUGUUUCUUUGUCUUCUUCUUCUUCCUCUGGUUCAUGGAGGAAAUCUCACCUGGCUUCCAGUUUCUCUGCGCCUUGAAACCAAGUCUUACCUUUGAUUUUUUUCAAAUAGAAAAAGUAGAGCUCUAUGAUUUAUCUUUGGUGCAAUACACACAAGACAGAAGACACCGGAAGUUUUUUUGGGGACCGGAUCGAAGGCGCGAUAGAGAGUCCCAGCAGCCAAGAUUGCUGCCAAUCGUCUCAUGAACCGAAAGGUUGGCUGGAGUUAACUGUAUUAACACCAACAGUUAGGUUACUGUUGGUGAAGAAGCUGCUACUGUAACUGACUGGUGGAAAAAGAGAGAAAUCCUGCGCUCACAGCGAUUUUAAGCUGGAUUGUUUGUUACUCUUUGUACAAGUUUGGAUAUAAGCACACGAUUAAGGUAUUUUUAAGUACUUUCUCUGUAUAUAUUUGAGGAUUAUAUAAGUACUAACAUUAGCUGAUACAUGGGAUUCUCUUAUGCACAACUGGAUCAGUCUCGCCAAGCUGAAUGAUCCAACCACAGUAACAAUAUUGUUACGUUUUCCUUUAGGGAUUUGGUCUGCCAGUAAUACACUCAAAACGCUUCAACAUGUCUCUCAUGCUCAGUACCAGCCUACACAGCAUGCUGUGCUAGACACAACUUUAGCUUUGCACUGAAGGAGAGAAUCUAGAUAUUUAACACUAUUUCACAUAUAGAGUCUAUUCUUGUUUGUUUGUCUCUCUGCGGGCAUAUCUGUGUAGAUCUGGGCUUUAUUUCUCUGACGUAGGAAAGGGAUCUGCCUGCAAGGGACAUCCAGCACUGUCACUUUAUUGAUUAGAGAUUUUAUUCUGUCAUUGCAAAGCGUCUACAGGUACUCUAAAUAUAUAACUACUGAAUUAAAGUUCCCUCUAGACAGUAGACCUCUUGUACAUAUGAAAUUAGUCUCUGAGUUGAGUAUAACAUUGUUACUUCUUAAAGCCAAAAGUAUUUUUAGAAUAGGAGUAAGAGUCUUAGAUUUGGACUUAAGAGUCAGCUCGAGUGCACAGUGUGUGUGGGUGUGUGCGUGCAUGUGUGUGUGAGACAGUCUCGAGGGGAACCAAGGACAUCACUGUUACUGGGAAGACAUAAUCAUGAUUUAUUUAUGAAUUAAUUUAUUCAAAGAUCAUGUCUAACCACCAGUUUCAGCCCUUUGGAUCAUGUACAGUGUAUUAAAUGGAACGCCCUCCGCUCUUUGAUGACGGAGCUGUACAAUGUACUGUACCUAAUAUAUAAUCUAAGUACUGGAAACUGACUUGAUGUUGUUUAUAUUUAAGAUUAGAACUUUAUAAUUUAUAAGUUUUGUAUAGUUUGGAAAGAUAUUGCAACAUUUGUAUAUUGGUACAAACACGGUGUUUUUUGCCAAUGAUGCACGGCAGGGUUGAGUUGCCGUGGAAAUGUUCUGAUUUGAAGAGAUGGACUGAAAAUGCAAUCUUUGACUCUGUUUACACCUGGUAUUAACACGUCUCAGGUGAUCCCUUUGCAAGCGGACAGUUUUAAGUCCGUCUGCUUACACCUUGCAUUAGCAUGUGUCUCCACAUGUGUCUUGAGUGUCCACUUGUGAUCAGAUGUCACGUCCCCCUUCUACUUGCAAGCCAAGACCUAAGUCAUUUCCUUUGCAAAGACCAAAUGCAUUCUCAUAAAUUGCCAAAUUGUGAUAUGAUUCAUCCGGCUUCCAUUAUACAAACUCUUUGACCCAAAUGGAAACCAGACAAUGUGGCUGAAUCCAAAUGUCCACCCCUGGCGGACUUAGUUGUUUGUUCUGUGAUGUGUUUACUGUCAUCACGUAAAGUCUGCGAAGGCAAAAAACUUCAAGCCGCUGAUAGACAGUCCCGAAGUCUGUUUCACUCAUUGCUGUGGAAAUGUUUGAGCAAAAGCUACAGUCAUGUGAGCUGUGAUUGCUUUUGUCAUAUUCUGUCUGCUUAUCUGGACCUGCAGAUAACAAGAUAUGAAUCCCAUGUAGACUAUAGGCUUUUAUUGAGACUGAACUCAAUGAUAUUUUUACAGCUCUAUAGAGCAUAGAGGCUACACACAUUCAACUGCAGAAAUGUUGGUGAAUAAUGACUAGACUAAAUAAAUUGUUCUUACAUUGGAAGACCUUUUAUUGUUUUGGGCUAAUUUUUUUGCCCGUGUAUUUGGCAUUAUACUGCCUUUAGGGUAGGUUGCACUAAUAUAAUACAUUUUGAUGACUUUCAUAGCCUGUAAUUCUACAUAUUUCUGUGUCAGAAUGUGGUUGAAAAUGAUCUCUGGCCUUCAUGAUUCAAGUGUAAUACAAUAAUUACAUUAAAUGUUGUUUUUUUGGUUUUUUUAAGUCAGUCAUUGGAAAACAAAACAGUGUGGGUAAUUAACCACAAUCUUGUGAAGUCUGCACCUCACACUGACUACCUGGAAGUCUACAGAGUUUGCUUGAGGACCCUUGUGAACUGGGCGAAUAUGAAUUUGGACAGCCAUCAGCACUCCCAAACUUCCUGGGAAUGCACCCGCAAAGUCCACAUGUCUAGUGAAGUCCAGACAUUUGGAUUCAGCAUGUUUCUUCUGGUAUUAAUGUGGCCUUUUUUUGUCAUUUCGCUCUUUAAAACAACACAAUCGAUGCAGGAAUUAAUACCUACUCUCACCUAUGCAGAGGACAUCAUCUUAUUAGGCGGUUGAUGUGGCACAGGACAGAUUAGCGUACACCAAGAUGAAAGAAUAUGGUCAUAUGCCGCCCAGACCACCUCUAAAUGUGGUCUAAGCGAUUGGAUCUCAAGAUGCAUUGAGGACCCAUUAGGUGCAUUCGCACCUGUACUUAGAGCUGUCCACUUGUGAUCUGAUCACCCAGGAUGCAUGUUAAUAUCAGGCGUAAACACAGCUUUUGUCACUGGUCCUUACACGAGUGGAAGAUGUUAUGAAUCCCCUCGCAUGUUGAGCUAGUGAUAACUCAUGGAUGUGAAAGAUUCACUUUCAGAUAAACGUAAGUGCGUACUGAUGGCACACCACCCUUUGAACUCUCACAACAUAUUGUUUCUCAAACACAGUGCUUUAACUCUUGUGCCAUCCCUUGUAUUUGAGGCUUCAAAACCAACGCCUGUGGCCAUUCUCCUGCUUGUCUUUGAGCCAAAAAAAAACACCUUUGUCAACAGUAUUGCCACUCUGUUUCAGCAUGUGUUCAAACAAAAUGUGGAAGAUAUGUUUUUUAUUUUUACCUUGAAGGAUUCUCAUUGAGAAUUCUCCUGUUAAUAGAGUUGCUGAUUAAUAACAAAGCUGUCCUCUGUAGGUGGUCCUCCUGCAGCCACAAGAGAGCGCUGUAGAGCUGGGUUACAGCUUCGCAGAUGGCUGAUAUUUUACACUCAGUAGGAAUUGGUUGGGGGUAUAUUUUCAGGUAGACUACGUAGAGAUAAAUACUGGUCGGUGUGCAUGCCUCUCUCAUAAUUCAGAUUAUUUUGUGUGUAAUUUUAAUGCAUUUCCAAGAUCAAAAAGGCACUGUCUUGAUUAUGCUGUACAUAUCAAAGGGGUAUGCUAUUAGAAACACAGAUGUUGGAAUAACUUCUGAUGAGCAGUUAUACUGGAGAUAUAUACUGUAUUUAGAAUGUAGGUCUACAACAGUUAGUUUUCAGCUAAUUAAUGUCGUUUUAUGCUCAUGUCUUCUCGAUUGUUUGUAAAUCCUCAUUUUUGUUGAUGAGGACCUCUGGGCAGAGCUCAG